AUGACAAUUGUCAUCAGCAGGUCACUUUCUCUCAGAAUGAAAUCACCUGAUAAACAUUUUAUUAAAAUAUCAAAAUAUUUGAGAAGAAACUGGCGAAAUAUCCUUCUCACCAAUUGUCAAUUGUGUCCACAACAACGUUUACCUUCGUUUGAUGAAAUAUGUAUUUGGGUAAAUAGCACCAAACAAUCGACAACAGGUGAUAAAGAGAAUGGUUUUGAUAUCACCAGUGAUGAUGAACUGUACUAUCAACCAGCACCAAGACCUGUUAAAAGGUCUCGUCAAAAGAAGGCAAUAUCCAUUUUAUCAAAGCCAGUCAUCUAUAUUGCUGAAGAAGAACCGGAAUCUAUUCAUGAAGAAGUGUGUGAAGUGGUAGACGAGGAAUCAGAGAAACGAUAUCGUCAGUUGGCGUGUGAUAUUAUCAACGAAUAUUCGGAGAAACAUGAACACUUGAGAUAUGUCAGUGAUUAUCCGAAGUUAAUCGAUUAUAUUAUAAACAUGGCUCCCUGGAAAGUAUGGCAU